AUGCAUGCCCAGCCAUGUGUGCCCCGCUACAGCCAAGCAGUGACGUCAUGCCUUGGGCCUUUGGGGGAGCUUGAGCACACAGCGUGUCGUGCUGGCGUUGUGAGGGAUAAGUCACCCACUUGUCCGGGGGUUUCUGAAGCUUCCUCAAGCUCGAUGCCUACGAAGGAAGGGGCGCCCCAUGGGGUUGAGUCCGAACUUGGUGGCCGCAGCGUCCCAUCGGUUUGUGACGCCAGACAACUUGAUCAUCUGCGGGAGGAUGGUAGCCCUGCACAUAGUAGUUCGGAUGCUGAAACUGUGAGUGUGCCGUAUCCCGAGGUGCAGCUGGACUUUGAUAUGCGUCAUGAUGCCCAUGGCAAGCCAGUUCCUGUUCCCUGCAGCCCUCGGACCAGUGACUUUGGGGUUGAAGCCAAAACCGCUGUGUCAAAUGCUGGUGGGACCAGCCCGGAGCCCAAAUACCUUUCCCCUUGUGGUUAUGUCACGUCCGCAAAACAGGCUACCCACUCACGGCUCGAGGUCCCUGCCGGUACUAGCCGCGCGCCAUCCCUUCGCCCGUCACAAAUCGGUGGGCUCAGCUCAAAAUGCUCCUCGCACAAAGGUCCAGCUGUGUCGGGGCCUUCCGUUCAAGUUGUGCCCGCUCGCGCCAUGAGUGACGAAGUCCGACCAGGGCCAAGGCGGGUUUUCAUGGGUUCAGCAGGUGUCCUUGAUGUGCCCAGAAAGGUGUCAGCGCAUGGACUGCAGCAAGUAGUAGCCCCCAUGAGUUCGAGGCCUGUCUUUACCGGUCCAGGCUCCAUUCCUCGGCGGACCGAAUGUUUCCCCAAGCAAGCCACAGCUUCUCCUUGUGCCGAGGAAGCUGCUGCCUUGGUUCUGGAGAGCGUGUUCGGCACAUCUGAAGCCCUGCUGCCCGGUGGUCGGCCACUGCCUCCUCGUCCGCCGACUCCUAAGCGGAAAAGGCUUGAGCCCGAGGACGUUAGCCGAUCAAGUGACUCAGCCACAUCUGGCGAGGGAGUCACGCUCACUCCGGAGAAUGCGGAGGCAUUUCUGGCCAGACUUGAUGCCCGGCCAACGUGUCCUUCAGGUCACCCGUUGCUUUCCUUUGGUUCGCCUGAGCCAAACUGGUGGUGCAGCGUGUGCAAGAGGGAGUUUGCCACGCGGCGCUUGCUGUGGGGGUGCAGGGUCUGCGACUUUGACAUUUGCGGAAAUUGCUUGGCCAAUCAGCGCAGUGGUCCCGCCAUUCCUCCUGCCCCAGGUCAAGAAGCCAGUCAAGGUCCAUCGUCCAGUGAGGCGAAGGCGUGGCCCUCGAUAAAGCUCCUGCGUGCUUCAGGAUUUUUGACAGGCAAAGACAUGUUCCCGGAUGACCUUCGUCUCGCCAUGGAGGUGGAUGGGCAAAACUUGUCGGUUUUGGGCUAG